AUGCAAAUUCAAUAUGCCGUUAAUAAUUUGAAGCUGCGAUUAGCACUAUCUAUCUAUCUAUCUAUCUAUCUAUCUAUCUAUCUAUCUAUCUAUCUAAGGACAUUUUUUCGCAUAAGCGACGGCGAUUAUCUUUAUUUCUUUCUUUAUUUCAAUCAUUCUUUCUUUUUCCUUUCUUUCUUUUUUCUUUCAAUCAUUCUUUCUUUUUCUUUCUUUCUUUCUUUCUUUUUUUCUUUCUUUUUUUCUUUCUUUCUUUCAAUCAUUCUUUCUUUCUUUAUUUAUUUAUUUCAAUCAUUCUUUCUUUCAAUUAUUAUUUUUUCUUUCAACCAUUUUUUUCUUUCUUUCAAACAUGCUUUCUUUCUUUAUUUCAAUCAUUCUUUCUUUUUCCUUUCUUUCUUUUUUCUUUCAAUCAUUCUUUCUUUUUCUUUCUUUCUUUCUUUCUUUUUUUCUUUCUUUCUUUCAAUCAUUCUUUCUUUCUUUCUUUAUUUAUUUAUUUAUUUCAAUCAUUCUAUCCUUCUUUCAAUCAUUCUUUCUUUUUUUCUUUCUUUCUUUCAAUCCUUCUUUCUUUCUUUUUUCUUUCUUUCUUUCAAUCCUUCUUUCUUUCUUUUUCUGAAAACAGAAUAG